AUGACCAACUCUGCUGAGAACAAGAAGUCCUUGGGACAGUAUUUCACCAAGCACUGGAACAAGAAAAAUGUAGAUGCUGGGACCAAGCCGCAUGAAAAGGACGACGAGCCUUGGGCGCCGGAAUACCAGAUGAUAGACGAGCCCCAAUACGUCAAAGUGUCUGGUACCAAGAAGGUGGUCGCGGCAUUGCGCAACUCGUUGUCGGAGUUGACCUCAUCCAAGCCCGUUGAGCCUUCCGUCGCCAAAACUACAGCAAAUACCGACUCUGGCGUUCGUCAUUGGGAAGCUAUGGCCUCAUGGGGUGCUCAACGUUGA